AUGAGUGAAGAACGCGUCAUAAUGCCAUUAUUUUUAUCGAAUAGUGCAAAUAUGAACUCCAAUACAUUAGAAAAUAAAUUUCAUCAUCUUGAUCAAAUAGAAAAAGAAAGAUGUCAUCAAGCAAUCAAGAAUUCCAAUGAUCCAUUCAGUAUGUCAAUUGCAAUCAAUAGAACGUCAAUGAAUUAUAAUAGGUAUAGUAACAUUAUACCAUUUAAUUACAAUAGAAUAAGGUUAUUGCAACAAAGACCAAAUAAAACGGACUAUAUUAACGCAAGUUAUAUUGAAGCGCCUAAUAAUGUUAGAAAGUAUAUCGUAACUCAAGGACCAUUGAAAGAGACCAUUGAUGAUUUUUGGUUAAUGAUUUGGGAACAAAAUACUCGUAUAAUCGUAAUGUUAACAAACCAAAUUGAGAAAGAAGAAAUUAAAUGUGAAACCUAUUGGCCUAAAGAAACUGGAUAUCAUGAGAUGUUUAAAGACAUUGGAUUAAAAAUUACAUUGGAAUCCGAGAUACUGGAUUCAAAAGCAUCUUGUUAUGUACGGAUUUUAAAACUUGAAAAAUUACGAGAAAAAAACAUGAUCAAAGAAUCAAGGCAGAUCACACAAUUACAAACCAUUGCAUGGCCGGAUCACGGAGUGCCUGAUUCACCUGAUCCUAUUAAUAAUUUAAUUAUUAAGACGAACGAGUAUAUGCAACAUGAUAACCGAAAUAUUGGGCCCAUCGUAGUACAUUGUAGCGCAGGAUGUGGUAGAACUGGAACUUUUUGCACGGUGGAUUCUACUUUGGCUCUAUUGCCUGGUUUACAACAGAAUGAUUCUACUGAUUUGAUUUAUAACGUUGUCCAACACUUUAGACAACAACGUAUUUCGAUGGUACAAAAUUUGGCUCAAUAUCAGUUUUGUUAUUUGGCUGUUCUUAGUAAACUUGUAUCGGAUUGUGAAGAUUAA